AUCAAACAUGUUAAGAAGUGUCAGACUGGUAGGCACUUGAACGCAUAUGCACAAGAGAAUGACACCAGCCCCACAACAUCUGUCCACCGUGGGUUUCUAAGCAACACGGCAUUUAAAAGACAACGCACUUAAUCAUCCCAUUUGUUUUUCAAGUAGGAGUAAACAAUUUGACAGUAGUCGUUUACGGCGUGGUUGUGUGCGAUUAACACACAUUGUUCCACAAUAGAGAAAAGUUACGGUUGGUUCUUGUUGCUGCAUGCUGAAUACAUCAUCACCCAUGCAAUUAGAAGACUUUCUCCCAAAAUAUACGUUACACAUUCAACACACAGCAGCCUGUGAUGGGUGAAUAUGAGUGAGAAUGAGAGACGUGUUGGAUGUGCCGGACGAGUCCUCUCCAGGGAGACCUCUGGUACUCAUUAGUGGAGCAGAAUGAGGCCCGACUCUGCUACACACACUGGUCACUCAAGGUUUCCGGGCGCGCGCGCCCUCAAGGUGCGCAGCAGCGGCGCCAACAGAGACAGGGAGGAUUGUUCUCGAUCUCCUGCUUGACGAAUAUCUUCUUGAUGUUUCACAUUUAACCGGGUUUUCAUACGAUAAAAUAACCUAUAUUUUUAUGAGGACGUGCUGUUGUAUUCGACUUAAUGUGUUAACUUUUCCCAUUUACGAAGCAACUGGUUGAAAAAAAAAAAGGCGCAGUUUUGUAGAGCGCGCGCGUGUGCUCCAGACGUGUCCCACCGCCCGAGUCACACCUCGCGCCCCUUUCACCAACGGCACCAUGGACACCGACGUCGUGCACAUCUUCAAAGAGGACAGGUGUCGCUCUGCGUCCGGCCGCCCCGAGGAGUGCGGGUCCGACUUAACUUGGCAGCCCGACCUCUCGGACGAGAUGUUGUUCAACUACACGGCCAACGAGACAUGGGACGGCGAGCCGGACUUCAUGUCCCCCAUCAUCACCAUCAUAGCCGCGGUGUACUCCAUAGUGUUCGUGGUGGGCUUGGUGGGCAACUGCCUGGUGAUGUAUGUCAUCAUUAGAUACACCAAGAUGAAGACGGCCACAAACAUCUACAUCUUCAACCUGGCGGUGGCCGACGCGCUGGUCACCACCACCAUGCCCUUCCAGAUCACCGACUACCUGCUGCACUCCUGGCCCUUCGGCCGCGUGCUCUGCAAGGUGUUCAUCUCCAUCGACUACUACAACAUGUUCACCAGCAUCCUCACGCUCACCAUGAUGAGCGUGGACCGCUACGUGGCCGUGUGCCACCCCGUCAAGGCGCUGGACUUCCGCACGCCCCUCAAGGCCAAGCUCAUCAACGUGGCCAUCUGGGCGCUGUCCUCCGCCGCCGGCAUCCCCGCCAUGAUCCUGGGGAGCACACAGACCCAUAAUGGCAGCACGGAGUGUGCCCUUCAGUUCCCCGAGCCCUACUCCUACUGGGACACCCUGAUGAAGGUGUGCGUGUUCGUGUUCGCCUUCGUGGUGCCGCUGGUGGUCAUCAGCGUCUGCUACACGCUGAUGCUGCGGCGGCUGAAGAGCGUGCGCAUGCUGUCAGGCUCGCGCGAGAAGGACCGAAACCUGCGCCGCAUCUCGCGGCUGGUGCUGGUGGUGGUGGCGGUGUUCGUGGUGUGCUGGACCCCCAUCCACAUCUUCAUCCUGGUCAAGGUGCUGGUGCCCUCCGUGCCCGAGACCACGGCGGUGAUGGCGGCCUACUUCUUCUGCGUGGUGCUGGGCUACACCAACAGCAGCCUCAACCCCAUCCUCUACGCCUUCCUGGACGAGAACUUCAAGAGGUGCUUCAGGGACUUCUGCUGCGUGCCCGGAGCCUGGGGCCUGGGGGGGGGCCGGGACGGGUUCAACGGCGGCAGCGGGGGCAGCGGCCGCGUCCGCAGCACGCUCAGAGAGCACUCCUGCCCCGCCGGUAACCGUGGCGACAGGAGGCAGGGGCGUCCCGUAUGACUAGCUGUGGAGAUGUCCGUCACCCGUGACCAACAGGGGGAGGACUUCUCGAAUGACACGGGCAUGACGCAGACCACCGCAGUCUGACCACUAGAGGGCUAAUGGGGGUCAGACCACCGCAGUCUGACCACUAGAGGGCUAAUGGGGGUCAGACCACCGCAGUCUGACCACUAGAGGGCUAAUGGGGGUCAGACCACCGCAGUCUGACCACUAGAGGGCUAAUGGGGGUCAGACCACCGCAGUCUGACCACUAGAGGGCUAAUGGGUGUCAGACAACUCAGUCUGACCACUAGGGGGCUAAUGGGGGUCAGACCACCCAGUCUGACCACUAGGGGGCUAAUGGGGGUCAGACCACCCAGUCUGACGGGGCUAAUGGGGGUCAGACCACCGCAGUCUGACCACUAGAGGGCUAAUGGGGGUCAGACCACCCAGUCUGACCACUAGAGGGCUAAUGGGGGUCAGACCACCCAGUCUGACCACUAGGGGGCUAAUGGGGGUCAGACCACUGCAGUCUGACCACUAGGGGGCUGCUGGGGGUUUCUUUGCUUCUAAUUCGUCGUCCGCAGACCUGCAAUGAAGCAAAGGGUUCUUGAGUUCCUAAGGUGCCCUGCAGGACGUUAAGCCCCUUGUCCAACGACCUGGCACCGCCCCUGAUGCUAGUAGAAUGUAGCUACUCGUCAUACUCAGCGUGUGAUGUUCUAUGACAUGAUUUUUAAGAUCGUAUUUAAUUUAAGUAUUUAUUCAUUAAUUUAUUCAAAGGUUUUAAUGGGAUGAAUACUGCUUGCAUACGUAUACUGUAUAUAUCACUUUAAUCUAGCCUUCAACUGCCCUAUAAGUGUAGGAAGAACGGCAGGGCAGCGACGGAGAACACUCUAGCAUUUAAAACCAUGUGGGGAAUACAGCAUCUCCCCCAUCAAUGUAUAGUUCUUAUCUACCGACAUCCAUUUCCAUCUGCUGAAUGAUGACAAACAAUUGAGAAUCCGAUGUGAUAUUGAUGUUUAACUAUACAAAUAAAGAUGUUUAACUAAUAUUAAAAAGUUUGGGAUUUUCAAAACUCGAUAGAGGGUCUCUGAGGCAGUGUUGAACAAGAUGACUGUUAAUCCUGUCCAACGUUUGUUGUAAUGUGUUUUUCAAUUUAAAUAUUUCUGCUGUAAAAAUUUAUAUUCGUCAGCUGUGGUGACAGUUGUAGGUACAGUACAGGUACAGUUUGAUGAAUUUAUACAGUUAUGGUUGGGAUUCAUAACAAGUAUUUUCCCAUUUUCCCAUGGAAAAAGUAGAACAUGACUUAAUGGCUUCUUGUAAUGUGAAAGGUUAAGAAUAGGGUUGUGUUAUUCAUUUAGAAUACCAUUCAAAACAUAUUGUUAUCUCUUUCAAAAAAGAAUAUUGGUGAAGCUGUUAAAUAUGAAGGCCUUGUGUUGUGUGCCUUAUCCUUAUAGAAUAUCAUCGUGUUUUCAUAAUGUUAUCAACAUUAUGUUAUUAUUGUAAUAUAAAUAUGAUGUCAAGAAAUAUGUUUGCAAAAAUUGGUAUCAUUGUGCAUAAAAAACCUACCAUAUCUAAAAAAGACAAAUGUGUUGGGGAUGUGAGUGCGACAUUCAAUCAUGCGUGCAAAUAGCGCAACUGCAAAGCUUUGGUGGCGUGUUACUUCAACCCUUAUCCAUCACAAAAGAAGAAGGACAACACUCUUCUUCAUCACUGUCUUAGUACAUUCCGUCCUUUUCUGUCUGCAUCCAUUGUACUUUUCACUGCUUUACUAUUGUACUGUAACAGUCGGGCUGAGAUGCACUCAAUAAAAAGUCAUUUAAAACCUUA